AUGGGUGAUCCAGUUAAUGAUGUUGAUCCGGUAAAGGAGUAUGAAAAUGAAAACUCUGUUGGGAUUAGCUUAGUAGAGGCCAUAUCUGAUAAUGAUAGAGACACUGCCCAAAAUUCUCAGGCCCCUAAUACUGUGUCUACUGAAGGCCCUUCCACAGAAGUUCAAACAGUAGCCUAUGAAAGAAAAAAAAGAAGAAAGAGGACUUCUGAUGUAUGGAAGGAUUUUGUUGAAGUUGAUAGCAAUGGGGUUAAACAGCCUCAAUGUAAGUGGUGUAAAACUAUAUUUAAAGCUUCUCACUCAAGUUCUACCACUAAAUUACGUAGGCACCUGCUGACUUGUUUGCCAUACAUGGGGUCUAAGAAAAAACAAAAAGUCUUAGCAGUUGAGUCUAAGGAGGCAGAUGGUGCCUUCACUGUCUCAAACUUUACCUAUGAUCGUAAUAGGGUCCGAGAGCUUGCCUCUCAUAUGAUACUUUACCAUGAAUAUCCAUUCUCUUUAAUGGAACAUGUGGUAUUUAAUAGAUUCAUGAGUGCAAACACUCCAUAUUGGGAAAAAAUGUCUUGGGCUGCUGCAAAAAAAGAAUGCAUGAGAACUUAUGAGAAUGAAAAGACAAAGUUAAGGGCUUUGCUUAAACAUGUGAAUAAGGUUCAUAUCACAACUGACAUGUGGACUUCUUGUCAAAAACUUUCAUAUAUGGUAGUGACAUGUCAUUUUAUAGACUCUGAUUGGCACCUUCAGAGGCGUGUCUUAAACUUUUGUAAUGUGCCACCUCCACAUACUGGCCUUCUUAUUGCUGAUGCUUUAGAAAAGUGUUUCCAAAGUUGGGGGAUUGAGAAUAAAAUUAGUUCAAUUACUGUUGACAAUACUAGUUCUAAUGAUGUUGCCAUUCGGAUCUUGAAAUAUGAUUUUAGAUUGAAGAAAACACUGUCUAUAAGUGGCCAACUGUUUCAUGUACAUUGUUGUGCACAUAUAACAAAUUUACUUGUACAGUAUGGACUUGGGGAGAUUAGGGAUAUUGUUGAUUGUGUUAGAGAUGAUAUAAAAUAUCUGGUAGCAUCGAAGAGUAGGCUAAAACAGUUUAGUGAAAUUGCAAAACAGUUACAAUUGCCCUCAAAGAAACUGAUUUUAGAUGUGCCUACAAGAUGGAACAGCACUUAUUUAAUGUUGGAUGCUGCAAUUCAGUUUAAAGAAGUUUUUCCUAGAUAUAGUGAUAGAGAUAGAUGUUUUGAAUGGGUUCCAACUGUUGAAGAGUGGGGGCAAGUUGAAAAUGUUUGUCAACUAUUAGCUAUUUUCAAUGAAGUCACCAAUAUUGUAUCUGGAAGUAAUUACCCAACAGCAAACUUAUUUCUUUCUGAAGUUUGGAGAAUGAAGGACAUUUUAGGUAAGAAGAAUAGAGAUGAGAAUGAGUACAUGAAAUCAAUGGUAAGAAAAAUGAGUGCUAAGUUUGACAAAUAUUGGGGGGAGUGUAAUCUAUUGAUGUCAAUUGCUGCGGUGUUAGAUCCUAGAUUCAAAAUGGUCCUGAUCUAG